GAGAGAGAAAAUUAGUAAAUGAUUCUCAAUCGGAUUAGGGUGGGUUUUCUAUGAAAUUAUAUCAUAGUAGUAGAUAAGAUAACUAUAAAUCAUGGUUGAGAGGCCUGAGUCUAGUGGGAUUUGGUACUGGAACGAUGAUGACGAUGAUGAAGAAUCUUCUCAAGAGUUUCAGAACAAUGCUGUUUCUGGGUUUCAGAGCUCCGAAGCUCUGGAACCCAAUAGAAUCAUACUCUCCACAGAGUUUAAUCAGCAGGAGGUAGAAUUGGACUCUUCUAAAGAAGGAGGUCCUCUUGGUUUGACACUAAAGAAGACACCUUCUUUUGUAAACUUGGUGGAGAUGACCUUAUUCGAAACAAGGAAUACAGCCGAGACUAAUUGUUCGUCGGGUCAUUUUGUAUCCCAACCGAAGGCUUCAAACCUCCCUGCAUCGUUUCUCAAAAUUGGUUCUUGGAAUAGGAUUGCUCGGAAUGAAGGCGACUUAGUAGCGAAAUGGUACUACGCCAAACGUAAACUGGUGUGGGAAAUCUUGGGAAAUGGAUUGAAGAGUAAGAUUGAAAUACAGUGGGAAAAUAUUUCGGCAAUUAGAGCCACUAUUCGUGCUGAUGAACCGGGAAUUCUAGAAAUUGAGUUGAAUCAUCCACCAUUGUUCUUCCGAGAGACUGAUCCACAGCCGCGAAAGCAUACUAUUUGGCAGCAGGCAUCAGAUUUUACUGGAGGUGAAGCUCCCAAAUGCAGGAGGCACUAUGUCGAAUUUCCACCAAAUACACUUGAUAGACACUAUCAGAAGCUUCUGCAAUGGGACAAACGUUUGUUCAUGUUGAGCCUGGAACCUUUCCCAAGUCUGAAACCUCCUUACUUCAUCCUAGAUAACGAACUUUCUUUCGGUUCCAAAGGAAUCAGCCCUGAAUUUCCUUUACAACGUCCUUUUUCAUCAAUUCCUUUAUCCUACAUGGUUCCUCCUCAUCGUGUUUCUACUUUCGAACCGACAGCCAGGCCACCUCUCGGUGUCAUGAAUUUCGGUUCACCAAUGUCAGUUAUCGAUUACGGAUUUGAGAAUCAAAGGAAAUCACUUUGGGGUCAAGGAAUUAACAAUGUUGUAUUAGCAAGAGAAGAUCAGAUUCAAAUCAUACCCUCCUCUGCUUCAGCAACACAGACCAAUUCGGACUUUUCUUGUCAAGACUGUGGAGAAGAAGCAAUUAGCCUUCCUAACACCAACACUAUAACACUUAGUGACAUUGAACACCAUUUGCUAAGUGACUCGGACGUCGAGUGCUCGAAUGAGAGAACACUGGCAUUGGGCUCAGUGCUUGAGCCAACUGAAACAAACCCUAACAUUGGCAUUAGACCAGAUCAUUUUGAGUACACUCUCAAGCAUUCCAGAGUAGACGGUGGGCUACUCGGUCCACAGCCCCUCCAUUACUUGCCUCGGCAAGUGUCUCAGGAGGACCGAAUGGUGCAGCAAUGGACGAACAACGCGUUAUAUCCCUACAGGUACUCGGAUUUAAUGGAGGAAGAUUUUGCAACUGUUAAUGGCAUCCAUGGCGAGUGCCGGUGGAUGUUAAGAUGAAGAAAAUAGGAGAUCUAUCAGGGAUGGGUUUUAAGUAAAUGUGUUAUGUUCAGAGUGAAGAAAAUCUAGUGCAUGUAUGAGUUUUGAGUUUUAACUCUGUUUCAGUUAUAUGUUCCAAAGGGACAUUCAAAGUCUGAACCUUUCACUUUGUAACUGCAAGAGGAAUUUUCAGAAAAACUCCCUAUAAUUGAUUACAAGAAUGCUUC